GGUUAUGCUCGCGGUGCUGCGUGACUCCGGAGCGAAGCGCUUCGUCCGAACUCUCUCAGAACACGCCUCCUCUCACACGUGCACAGAGAAGCCAUGAGUCCCCGGAGGAGACCGACCGUGUUCCUCUUCUGGCUGGUGAGCGCCAUUCCUCUGGCGGCUGGCAUGGCGGUGAACGACAGGACAGAUCAUUCCUGUCCUGCACUGAAACUGGAGGAACGGUGGCAUUCCAACGCGAGCGACCACCGCGAAUAUACAGGAUUCGAUUUGGCAGAGAAGUUCUUGCUGCGUAAGGUGGCGCUGACGGACGACCGGCCCGUCCUCAGACCGGGCAGCAAACCCCUGAUCAAAGCCACUGAGUUGGUGUUUCCUGGUGGACUUCCCCACGAAUUCUUCCUGGUGACUACGUUCCGUCUACGGAAGACCACCAAGAAGGAUCGCUGGUUCCUCUGGCAGAUGCUCGACCAAGCCGGAGAAUCGCAAGUAUCGCUGGUCGUGGACGGAGCCAAGAAGCUGAUCGAGUUCUCAGCUCUGGGAAGGUUGAAGAACAACCUUCAGUAUGAGUUCAGAUCCCGGGACCUGCACGUGCUGUUCGACCGGCAGUGGCACAGGCUCGGGGUGUCUGUCCGGAGCGCCUCCGUGGGCGUCUACGUGGACUGCCGUCUGAUCGAGCGUCGGCCGAUCGGAGACCGGGGCGGAGUGGACGCGAGCGGGCGCACCCGGAUUACCGCCAGGGCAGAGGAUGGCCGACCGGUGGACAUUGAGCUUCAGGAAGUUCUGAUGUUUUGUGACCCCAGUCUGGCAGAAGAAACCACCUGCUGCGACACACCUGGAGCCAAAUGUGAGACCGGAGAAGCCGGCGUCCCCACAGCCGCCUCGCUGGUCACCACCUUCCUCCAUCGAGUGCUCUCCCGGCCAGCCCAGCCACCCACGGAUAAGUGUCAGUGUCGGGGCGAGAAGGGGGAACCAGGUCCGCAGGGGGCGACCGGACUUACCGGACAAAAGGGAGACAAAGGAGAGCAGGGAGACGAGGGCAUUGCCGGGUCGCCUGGUUCGGACGGUCAACCGGGAACCAAGGGUGAACCCGGGUCAGCUGGAGAGAGGGGUCUCGCAGGGGGAACGGGGGAGAAGGGAGCUGCUGGAGAGCCCGGUCCCACGGGAACGCCAGGACUCGAUGGACUGAAAGGUGACCCCGGGCGUGAGGGCCAACCUGGUCCCAGGGGCGAUAAAGGAGAUCCGGGUCCUCCAGGCCUUCCCGUUAAAGGUCAGAAGGGAGAACAGGGACCCCCGGGUACCGCCGGAGAAAAGGGAGAAGCUGGUUCGCUGGGUCAGCUGGGGGCCCCAGGGGCCCCGGGGGGCGAGGGCAAGAGGGGUCGCCGGGGAAAACCAGGACAGCCUGGAUCUCUGGGACCACCGGGACCUCCUGGUACAUCUGAAGGUGGAGCCACCAAGGGGCAGAAAGGAGACCCGGGUGUGAUCGGAGUGACCGGACCGAAAGGUGACAAAGGAGAUGACGGUCAGUCCGGUCAAGAGGGAGCCCCUGGACCCAAAGGAGACAAGGGUGAUGUCGGCCCCCGAGGACCCCCAGGCCCGGUGAUGACCGCUCAGGGACUCCGACAGAUCUCCGGACCUGGUGAAACGGGCGAGAAAGGAGAUAAAGGAGAGCAGGGUGAAAACGGUCUGCAAGGCAUCCAGGGGAACGACGGAGCACCAGGUCCACAGGGCGAAGACGGGCCACCAGGUCCUGCUGGCCUUUCUGGUCUUUCUGGUGACAAGGGCUCAGUCGGAAACUCAGGAACACCGGGAAGAGACGGGACAAAAGGACAGAAGGGGGAUUCCAGCAGUGUCCCAGGGCCACAGGGUCCCCCGGGUCCCAAAGGAGAACCUGGAGAGCUCGGAGUCGAAGCACUUGGUCAAACCGGGGGCGCCGUUCCUGGACCGAGAGGAUCCCGAGGGCCAAAGGGUGAAAGGGGAGUCCCGGGGUUGCCCGGAGAACCAGGAGAGAAAGGAGACCCUGGUGUUGGAAUGACCGGCCCUCCCGGCAUGAUGGGACCCAAGGGGGAGCCAGGAGAAGAGGGUCCUCAUGGUCCGCUGGGUUCACCAGGUCCACCGGGAGCCCCAGGAAUCCAGGGAACUCCGGGACGCGAAGGCAGACCCGGACCCCCUGGUAAACCGACCGCCCUGCCGAUCGUUGGAGAUGUGAGCGCCUUGCUGAAGAACGCCUGCAGCGUGUGCCAGGCCAAGGUACCCGGAAUUCCAGGGCAGAAAGGAGAGCAGGGGGUGCCAGGCGCUCCUGGUUUUGAAGGCAUGAUGGGAGAGAAAGGCGAUCAGGGUCUAAGAGGUCCAGUCGGUCACCCCGGAAAGGAGGGCCCUAAGGGCGUGAAAGGAGAGAGGGGGUUUCCCGGCCCGAUCGGCGACAAGGGUGACGAGGGUCUUCCCGGGGGACCAGGACACCCUGGAGUACCGGGUCGAUCUGGAGAACCGGGAUCCAUUGGGAGACCCGGACUUCCCGGUGUACCAGGACCCAAGGGAGAACAGGGCGGUGAGGGACCACCAGGCAGGCCGGGACUUCCUGGACCUCCGGGUGUUCCCUACGUGGAGGGGAAUGGAAUGAGCAGCCUGUACAAGCUUCAGAAUGGAGAAGUGUUGCAGAUCCCUGGACCACCGGGACCUCAGGGGCCCAAAGGAGACGAAGGGAAACUAGGUGACCCGGGGCAGAUGGGGUUGCCCGGCUUGGAAGGACUUCCAGGAGCUAAAGGAGACCCUGGAUUACCGGGCCCACCUGGAAUUCAAGGUCCUACGGGAAGGCCCGGUGCCCGCGGUGAGCUGGGAACCCCAGGAGAACCGGGGGAGCGAGGACCUGUCGGAGAGACGGGCUUCCCCGGACCCGAGGGACCUCCUGGCGGGCCUGGCAGAGCGGGAAAAGAUGGGAUCCCCGGUAACGAGGGACACAAAGGCAAGACGGGUGACCGAGGUUCCAAAGGAGAGCGGGGUGACCCGGGGAUCCCCGGAGAGCGAGGGGUUCAGGGGGAAAGGGGACGACCCGGAGACGUAGGCCCCGCCGGACCCCAAGGCGUUCCUGGAGAGCCGGGUGUAGCGGGCGCUUGGGGAGCUCUGAGUGAUUUCAGAGCCCUGGAGGAAAUGAGAACGUUCAUCCAGAAUGAAGUACUACGUGUGCUGGAAGACAAAUUAUUAAGCUACGCUACGCUACAGAAGAUGCCGGCAGCCAUAUUGGCCACACACGGUCGACAGGGUCCCCCUGGACCCCCUGGGAACGACGGCUCCCCGGGAACCUCUGGAGAGCCAGGAUCUCCAGGCCCUCCAGGUUACCGGGGACAGAAGGGGGAGAGGGGUCAGAUAGGCUUGGGGAUUCCGGGACCACCAGGCCCUACGGGACCACCAGGUCAACCCGGAAUAGGACUUCCAGGCCCCCCCGGACCUCAAGGCCAACACGGAAGAUGCAACCCAACCGAUUGUCACCACACCCUCCCCCGUGCAGCCCGGGAUGUUUAGAGUUCCUUCUGGAUCCUACAAUUUUCUUUCUUUUUUACUACGAAACCAAGUGCAGCCGAGUUACACGGGACAAGACGAACGGCCACCAGAGUUUUGCCAGAUCCUCGAUAGUACCGUUCUGCAACACCACAUUUCCGCAAGGUGCCAUCAUACUGUAAUAUACUGUAUUUACCUAAAUUAGUUGUAUGCGAAUGUCUGGGCAUCCCUGGAGAAACGUAGGACGCUCGGGUGGCACAGUGCCCACCAGUGCUGACAUUUCGAACUCGGCUAGGUGUCUACCCGAACAAUUUUUGGCAUGUUCGACCUCCGGAUUUCUGGUUCCACACAUAGAUGGCGCCACACAUAGACGGAAGGCUGGAUGGGGAUUCACUCCCUUCCCGAUGCGAGAACGACUCGGCUCUAGCAGAAGAACUCUGAGGGAGUAUCUUGUCCUCGGUUGCCUGCUGAGACUCUUUGUAGGAUUGUUGUUUCAGACUGUUUAGGUUCGAUUUGGGCAGGGGUGCCCAUCUUUUUUUUGCCCACAUCUGUAUAUGUUUUACAUGUAAAUAUUAUCGUGUGUUUAUUUAAGAUGCCGCGUGAGACCAAAAUGCAGAAGAUAUAAGCUAGGUCCCUUAUUUACCUCAGCGUCAAACCCAGCAGAUCUGUACCGGAACUAUGCAAUCGUGACGUUUUUACGAGUAGGUUUAGGACUAGCGGACUAGCUGUUUUAUUUCAUUUCCACCUGGUCUCAUUUAGCUUUAUUGGUGGACGAGGGGCUACAGGCGUACAACCGUCGCGUGGCGUGAGAGACGGUGCUACUGUUCGCUGCUGGGGAGGGUAUAUUCACCUCUACUUUUGUACAGGCAACUCGGGUACUAACCAGGGUUCUUACACGACAUCGAAGACCCGGUCUUUUCCCAUUCAUUGUGCCCACUAGGGGGUGCCCAGUUGACCCGUUCUUUAAGGUAUUGAUGUGUUGCUCUUGUGCUUAUGGGCAGAGUUUAUUAUUUCGCUGCUCCUGUUGGCGACGCCACAGCAGACCUUUCCUUACGAAACCCACCUAUUGUUCCGGGCUGGGGUCCAGCCCUAAGGGUGCACUGAUGACCGAUGCAUGGCCCUCUAAUGGGGAACGGUGCUGAGUGUUCCUGAAGGAAGGUAACUGGGUCCAGACAUUCUUAAACUCUGGAUUCUGAAGACCGUUUAACUGGAUAACCCUAACCUUAACCCUAGCCCUAACCCCGCUCUCUGUUCCUAUCAGAUUAGCCAGUCAGUUGAAGUCUAGAACAUGACCAUAAGUUUACGGACUCUUGCUCUACAGUGAGCCAUGGAUCCCAGAAUGGUUGGUAGCUCUUUGGUGCGCGUCGGCUCCUCGUCUGGACAGUAGGGGUCGCCCUUCCGUAGCAGGGAUUACUUAGUGAAGGGACGAUACAGCGCCUACGAAAGACAAAAAUAUUGGGACGCUUGUAGCACUCGACUUUACCUGAAUUUAAUGAUGCUGUUUGUAUAUUUUGACGGACGAGACUUUUAACACUGUGAAGUGUUUCGAGUGUUUUUUAUUAUUUAAUUUUAUUUAUCAGGGUUUUUUCUGUUAUUGAAGGUUUGCUGAGGUUUUCAGUUUAUCUGCAUCAUUUUAAAAGAAAUAAUGUUUUAUUUUUUUAACUGUUGGAGGUUUUUACUGCGUUUCUGUGUGAAUCGUUUCUUUAUUUAUUGGGACUUUUGUUCAAAUUUUUUUCUGGUUUUAUUUUUACGCCUAAGGCGGCAGACGGCGCUAUUAUGAAAGAAUAACCGACCACCUCCUGAUUUCUUCUGUUUUUGCGUAUUUAGGAUAUUUACUUUUAUUUAGGAUGAGCACUAUAUUUGACAGAAGUAUUGGGACGCCACUUCUGAUUAGUGAAUUUAUUCGACAGUUCUGGAAUGAACCGGAACAUCAGCUGAGGAUUUGUUGAAUGGGCACAAAUUCCCACAGUUAUAAGUGAAAAGAUCACAGAAUUGGACGUUAAGCACCCUCAUGGUCAGGCGUCCAAAAAUUUCUGGCUGUAUAUGCACCAUGUUCCCAGAAAACUGGGGGUAAAGGUAGUUCAACGGUUAAGGUACUGGACUAGUUAUAAGAACUCUGCCAGUUCAAGCCUCACCACCAUAACCGAGUUGCCACUAUUGGGCCCCUGAGCGAGGCCCCUAACCCUCAGUUGCUUGAAUUGCAUUCAGUGAUAAAUAAAAGCGUCCAUCAAAAUGUUUUAUUAAUAUUUAUUUUGGAUUUAAAGGUAGCGUUAGAGGUUUGAAAUGAUCAUUACAGAUAAUUAAAUACUUUGAUGUUAUUUGUUUGUAUUAAUUAUUAAUUAAUUAAUAAUUUUAUUGAUCAUUUACUGCAAAUUCUUGAAGGAAAAGAAAGUUGUUUAAAAUUUAGUAAAACAUUAAU